CGCAGAAUCAGAACCAGCCGUUGCCUCCGGUGCCAUCGCCUCCAGUUCAAGGUGGAACAGUCGCGCUUGCGGCUGCACAGCAACUUGUUGGGCCGAGCCAAUCUCCGAGCAACCCAGGUGGAGGAGUGCAAGUAGUUGCGGUAGCUGCUGCAGGGCCGCUUCCAGCGUCUCAUCUAUCUCCACCAACGUUGCCCCCUCCGUCGUUUAAUGCUGCAGGGAUUCCGGCAAACGCAAACCCAGCUGCAAUCGGGAGUUUGCCACUAGGCGUCGGUCCACAAAGCGGACCAAAAAUGGUUCCUGGUGCGGUACCGCCUUCUGCUUUGCAAACCACAGCGCAAUCUCAGCCUGCAGGUGCGUCGGCUGGGAUGCAAGCCGGGCCGAUCGGACCGACACCGACUGGCGAAGGUCACCCGACGAGUGGCGCUUCAGCAGCUGCGCGAGGGGGCGGAGGCGUCCAGGCCCCACCCGUUGCGUCGACUAUUGGCGCAGCCCCGGGGACAAGCAAAACUCCCGAGGCCAUGGGUUCUUCAGGAGCUGUGGCGGAAAAAGCAGAGCCCGAGGCCGAGCAGCAGCCCAGUUCCGAGAACAAGUCUGCGGAUCAAGUGCAAGUGGCAGAGUCCGUCAAAACCGGCGCAUAUUCCGCGAAGCUACCGAUAACGGCGCCACCUGUCGCCGAACAAAAUAAAGGGGACAUCGACGGCGUUCCCUUAGAUAAACAACCCGUGAGCGCACCAGCCUCACCUUCUCGUCGCAAUUUAGUGCCGCUACCAGGGAAAGAGGAAGGAUUGAAAAAUCAAGUUCCUGUCCAGGCAUCACCUUUGACUAGCGCGGCAACUACACUGGUGAGCAAAGCAAGCGCCCCGCCGCCGACGGGUGCGACGGCUGCGAUGCCUCCCUCGCAUGCGAAGAGCAGUGGGCCACCUCCACCUGCUGUAGCGGAGCUACCGGAUAUCCGUAUGCUGCCUUCUGUGAAAGGACGCGAGGAAGAAUUGAAUACAGCACUGGCGCACGGAAGCGGAACCGAACUUGGAAUAGCGAUCAAAAUGUCCAUCGAAUACAAGAAAAAGUUGUGUCAAAAGCUGUACCCUUCGGACGAGGAGUGGAUGAAUGCAGCAGGUCUAGACCAGGACUUGAAGAGACAUUUCGACCUGGAAGACAGCCGUGACAAUGUCGAUGAUCGACUGAGACAACUAUUUCACGAGUAUCAGCAAAUCGCGCACCCGAAUCCGACGGGUCUGGGGCUGAUGAUGGCGCCUCCUCAACAUCCGCAACAGCCAGGACCCCGAGUGCAAGCGUUUGUUGGGAGCGGAGCUCUGGUUUCGGCCAACCCGAAUCUUCCUUCGCAGGACGUGUCUCUGGUACUUGUGACACUUAUCUUACACCGACAAUCAUAAUAGAAGAUGCACAUGCUCUUCCUUUUUCUAUAUCGCAACUCCUACUCCACAAGUUCCUCUCUCUGUCUUGUCCUUUAUCUUUUCAAGCUGAAUUUUAAAAUAUUACUGGAGACGAGCACAUGCACAUGAUGAUCACGAACGCCUACCGGGCCGCAGCUGCGCCAACGUAGACGUCCGUGCAUAAGGCUACAAGAAGUAGUAGGAUAGCUUUCCUUCUGCUUCUACUUGCCAGCAAAUAAUAAAACAAACGUUACUACAACUACAGGGUUUAGGCUUUUAGGGUUCUUCUUAUUUUGACUUUACUACUACAGGUUCCUGCUGGCCCUGGUUUUUCUGGCAAUUCGCCGUUUGCUAGCCCGCCAGCUGGCUCCAACCCCGGAUACGAAGGAUCCUACCAUCAGGACCAUACCCCAGGAGCAGGCUCUUGGCGUGAUCAUCACGACGGCCAGAACUACAGUCGAGAUGAAAACUACAAUCAACCGGAACGCUGGGACGAGCACGAGACCGACAUGCGGGAAGAAGAAUCGGAGCAAAAUGACGAGGCUUACGAUCAUACGAACGUACAGCACGUCAAUACUGUUGAAAAAAAGAAACUCGACAAGAAUCGGGUUCCCCUAGAUGCAGCCCACGAAGCCUGGGAAAAAAAGUGUUUUUCACGAGACCCGGUGCCGUUCCUCGAACAGGUAAAAAUACUGUAUCUUUUUGCGGGCCAAACGGCUCGCUGUAAAGGAAUAUCCUCCGCCUGCUGUGCAUGUGCAAAAUCAGAUAGAUGUGGAACUCUUUUUUGAAGAUCUUUCAAAGAAAUAGAAAGGAUAAGGAACAUAUGAAAAAGCACAGGGUUCGGUUCUUUCCAGUAGUAUCAAUCUAUUGUGCAAUAGCAAUUAUACACAACCUCUGUUCAGGUGGAAUACGAUUAUCCAGAAACUGUGUUUGGAAAAGAGCCAGAACACAAGCGAGAUUAUCCCGGAUGCCAGGCGAUCCUGUACAAGCCGCCGCGAACGGAGCGCAUCGAGAAUUUUGCUGAGGGUCUUCUGUCCUUCUUGGAGAAGAACAUCAAAUGGGAGAAACGGAAUUACAACCACAUGGUUGCCUGGUACACGGAAGAAAAUAUGCAGAUUCCGUAUUCGUACGAUAGCACCAAGACGAACAUCCCCAAGGUUUUUCCUGACUGGAUGGAGGCGAUGCGACGACACAUGAUGAUCACGCUGCACCUUCCGAUGGACAAUCCGCCGAACGGCUGCAAUAUCAAUUUGUACAGAAAUGGGUCCGCGAAAUUGGGCGCCCACUCUGACAACGAGUUCAUUUUUGACGGUAUCAACUCCGCCAUUAAGAUUGUCUCCUUCAGCAUCGGACAGCCCCGGACAUUCCAGAUUGUUGACCACAGGACGAAAGAUGUGAUAGAGGAAAUUGUUCUUCCGGAGCUGAGCUACUUCACGAUGGAAGGAAAUUUUCAGCGAGAUCUGAAGCACCAGCUUCCGGAGGAGCCCGACAAGACGCGCCCGCGAAUCAACAUCACAUGGCGUUGGAUUCUGAAGAAAAACGAGACCGAUCAAUCGGUCUAUGAAAAGCGCAAUAACCUAAACCACAAAGGAAAGAGAAGCAAGGGCGAAGGGAGAGGAAACAACUGGAGCAACUGGCAGAACCCAGGAGUGUCCAUUGGCGGUGCCACGCCAGCUGCAGGUGCUUCGUCCUCACAACAGCAGAACAAUAAAGGAGGAGGCAGCAACUGGCACAGUUUCGGUGCUGCCAGUGGCGCUGGUGCAAGCCAGAAUCAGGCUUGGGGCUAUGAAAAUAACAGCGGGAGCCAGAAUAAUUCCACUUGGGACCACUAUGAGAAUGUGGGCGGGACGACGAGCCAGAACAACUCAGCUUGGGGCUCCUACAAUGAGAAUGUAGGCGGGACGAGCCAGAAUUCCGCUCGGGGCUUCGAGAGUGCUCAGUCCAGUCCGCAGCAAGCAGUAGGUACGGGCGCAGCGUCGAGUCGGCAGUUCAACCAGCAUGAUAGCUACAAUAACAAUCAAAAUCGCAGUGGCGGCAAGGGACGCGGGCGGCAGUCGAACCAGCACCACCACGGCGCGACGACGAACAACUAUCGAAGUCAGAGAAACACCUCUGCUUCCGACGGCGAUAGGGCGAUUGAGUUUGAGGGCAGACACCGGCACGAGCAGCCCUCGAAAACUACAGGCACGCAUGGAGGAAAAUGGAUGAGGAGAGAGUCAAAUCGGCAGGGACGCAGGGGGAACUUCCAGGGGAAAGAGCUGCAGCAAGAAAACAAAAGGCCUCUGGCAAGAAAAUUUGAAGUUGAAGUAUCAAGCAAUCCAGCACGCUCCUCUUCAAGUGAGGACGAGGAGGAGGACAACGAGCAGAGCAGUAGCGCUCGUGCGCUGCCGGAUUUUUCCAAGAUGGGUGCAAACGCUGCCAUCACCGCUUUGAACAAGGAGAUUGCGAAAAAGGUGGCUGAAUCGAGCGAGGACGUCAAAAACGAGCAGACCGUGUCCGUGGCGGAAGUUGGUAAGACAGCGCCCGCUUGCUCGUCAAAUCUGGAUCCGAAAUCAACCGCGCAUUUUCUAGAGCAUAUGAAGACAAAAGUCGAGGAAGAUAAAAACCCACUGAGCGGGAGUGCUUCAUCGACUGCAGGGGCCCCACAGGUAACAAAGGCGGCGGCCGCACACGCUGGUCCGGUGUUCACCAGUCAGAUCCACCGAGCGACGGGCAAUCCAGGCACUGGUAACAACGCACAAACCGAACAACAAUCGAAAGCAUCAUCAAAGGGCGCUAUUACACGAACGCCGCUCACCUCACCCCAGCUCCAGCACACUACUGCUGCUCUCAUGCCGCCCCCACCACCUCCGGGGGCUUCGUCUAAUCCAAACAGUGCAACGAAUGCGACUCGUGGCGCGAGAUCGGCUUCAUCCUCGAUGCAAGUGGGAGCGCUGAUGCGGGGUCAGCAACCGCUGCAAGAUGCGUCAGGAACGGCCCCAGCAACGGGGCCCACGAAAGGAGGCACAAACAAUACUGCGGACCAGCACGCAGCAUACACCACUCAUGCGCAAGCGACGACAGCCACAGCUAGCGCAGGAGCAAGCAUUUUGUCUUCGAAUCUUGUUAAUCCCACGAGCGCGCAAGUGCAUGCCGACACGCCCGCUACUCCAGUCACCUUCGAACAUAUGGCUCACCUUGCACCUCCACAAGGAGGUGCAGGCGCAACUUCGUCGCAGCAGCAACAGCAGCACCAGCACCAUGGCGGGAACAAAGCGGGAAACAGUGGCAAACCAGGAGGAUCGCAAAACUACAGCACGAAUCGGACUGCAAACUCCUAUCAGCAGGGCUCGCAGUCCAACAACUCUAGUUACUACAACAAUUCGAAUUCCCAAAAUCGACUAAAUGCGCAAGCGCACUAUCAUGGUUCUUCUCGAGGAGGGGGAGCGGCGGGUGGGAAAAACCAAGGUGGCGAUGGUCGUCCGGCUCCGUACGGCAAUGCAAAUUUCAGCAGGGGAGGCGCGAGCAAGGGAAGCGCUGGAACGGGCAACAAGGGACACCAGGUGUGGAACAAAGGAAGCGGUCGAGGGGGAGGCGGUACAAAGAAUUACAACUGGGACUAUAAUCAAAAUCAAUCGUACUACUAGGACAUGCAGGUAUUAACCAGAAAUGAACGACAACAACAUUCUUUCCAAGAAGAAGCGGAUCAUGUAGCAAUGUCAGAAUAUGUUGUAUCUUGGAAGGCCAAGGCGGCGUCAUAAAACGAAAAAGCCUAAAGCUAAAUGCUAAGUGUUGAAGUCCUCUUCUUGUGGAAAGGGAUACGAGGCACGAGCACAAAGGAUUAGGAACGUCGACAAUCCAAACAAGAACCCCGACCCAUUUUCUUCUUUUAAUUAUGUUUCUCGGCUACAACCACAAAAU